UGGGGUAAAGUGGGCAGCUGGAUUCCUGAAUGGAUAGAUUCUUGGGCAAAUUCCCAUGAGUUCUGGCUGCUAAUUUUGAUUAAGGUGAAGGAGGAGAGUAUCCUUGAAACCUACCUACAUGUGUUGUGGAUCUUAUGGUUGAACAGAGACCGCUGUCUACAUGAGAACAUGUGUGGGAAUGAAUGGACUUUGGUUGAUAAAGUAGAACAAGUUCUGCAUGAAAGUUUAGUAGUGCAGGAAGUAGGAAGAGAUGGGGAUUACAGGAUGGAAAGGUGGCCCUAGACGCCGCUUGUGGACGUGGAGUACAAAAUGAAUAUGGAUGCUGCGUAUGACCAAGCGAGUAGGAGGGCCCGAAUGAGGAUAGUGAUUCGGGAUACGAGGGGAAAGGUAAAGCUGGGAGCAAUGACGCGGAUCGUUAAUGGAAAAUGCCCUAUGCAUGCUGAGAUGAAUGCGGUGUUGUUUGGGGUUGGAAUAGUGAGGGGAAGAGGCUUUGAGGAGGUUGAGGUAGAAUCGGACUCAGCAUUAGUGGUGCAGGAGAUCAAUAAGGCUGGAGUGUCCUUCUGGGAGUGGGCCGCAUUAACAAGGGAAGUGGUGAGUCUGGCAGCAAAGUUCAAGACAUGCAGGUUCUCUAACGUUCGAAGAUUUGCAAAUUCGCUGGCACAUAGUAUAACCGGGGUUGAGUGCCCAGAAGGUGAGAUCAUUGUAUCGGAGCAUCUCCUAAGCUUUAUUGACAAUGUUGAUGCUGUUUUAGAUUAAUGAAAA